AACCUCGAUAUCAUCACAUUAGUAUCGUCAUGAGGCCGGCGUUGCUAUCGACGCUGCCGACGUCAGACUCGAUCCUGCCCUUCAAUGUUUUCUCUCCUUUUUACCGAGCAAACUAACGGAUAUUGUCGCCGCUGGCGCCCGACGUGGGUCGGAGGGCGAACAAAGACGAGUGGCGGACAAAGCUGCAACGAGUGGAGAUGAUUGUGUUUCCUGUUGGGCGCGGGGCGGGGUGAUGUUUCUGUUCCGGUAUAAAAAGCAAAAUGGAUCCCAGACGAGCGGCGGAGCUGUGGCGCGACCAAGGAGACAACAAUGAGGGCGUAGCGAGGGGACGACAGUGAAGACAAUGAGGACGUUAACGUUAUUUCCACUAUGUUGUCUCCUGCUGGUUACCGGGCGAGCGUGGGCCGCCGGGAACCAGACCGUGGACGGCAGCCGGUACAUCAUCAUCGGGGACGGCUCGUCCAACGAAUUCGAGUUCCCUGAAAACACCAACGGCGUGAUUGUGGUGUCCAGCUUGUACCGCAGCCCCAGCGGGAAAGAGACGGUGACGGUCCGCUCCUUGGACCCGGAGGUGCUCUCCAUCCUCAACGUGACGGACGCCGGCCACGCCGGACCCACGAAGAGCUACGUCAUCAGCAUCCGCUCCGGCUUCCCCGGCCAGGCCCAGCUGGAAAUCCGGCUCCUCCUGGACCCGGACCGGGACUCCGCGGUGCUGAUCGAGGAGCGGACGGACUACUCCAUCAUCGUGGCGGCCGGUCGGGAGGACUCCGCCACGCGGCUCGUCCGCUCGGGCGGCUUGGCCCAUUUCUCGGAGAACCCGGUUCUGUUCGCCUUGCUGCCCCUCAUCUUCGUCAACAAGUGUGCCUUCGGCUGCAAGGUGGAGGUGGAGGUUCUGAAGGCGCUGCUGAGGAGUCCGCUGCCGCUGCUGCUGGGGGUUCUGGCCCAGUUCCUGGUCAUGCCGCUGUACGCCUACUGCGUGGCCCGCCUGGCCGUCCUCCCCAAAGCGCUGGCCCUGGGCUUGGUCAUCACUUGCUCCGCCCCCGGCGGCGGAGGCGGGUACCUGUACAGCCUCCUGCUGGGGGGCGACGUCACCCUGGCCAUCUCCAUGACGCUGGUGUCCACGGUGGUGGCGGCCGGCGCCAUGCCGCUGUCGUCGGCGCUGUACGGCCGCCUGCUGGGCGUCCACGCCGCCCUCCACGUCCCCUUCGUGAAGAUCCUGCUCACCCUCCUCUUCAUCGCCAUCCCCAUCUCGCUGGGCAUGAUGGUGAAGCUGCGCCUGCCCGCCCUGACCCGCGUCCUGCUGGGCCUCAUCCGGCCCUUCAGCUUCGUGCUGAUCGUGGGCGGCAUCUUCAUGGCGUACCAGAUGGGGGCCUCCAUCCUGGCCGACGUCAGGCCCCAGAUCGUGGCGGUGGGGGCCACGGUGCCUUUGCUGGGCUUGGCGGUGGGGGCGGUCCUGGCCAAGCUGGCGGGCCUGGCCCCGCCGCAGAGGAAGACUGUGAGCAUCGAGGUGGGCGUCCAGAACAGCCUGCUGGCGCUCGCCGUCAUGCAGCUGUCCUUUCGCCGCGCCGAGGCGGACUUCGCGUCGCAGGCGCCGUUCAUCGUGGCGCUGAGCAGCACCUCGGAGAUGCUCCUCAUGGUGCUGGCCUUCUACACCCGACGCUGGUUGUGCGGCUCGCAUGCCGCCGCCAGCCACACCUGAUUGUAGCUUUUAUUUGGACAAACGCAACCUGUUGGGGGGGGGGGGGGAAAGCUGUUUCACUUUUAUCGACUUUUUGUGGAUCCCCUUUUUCAUACGUUUUCACGAAAAAAACAAAAACAAACCAAAGGCCUUCUUCUACCCCUCACAUCUUUCUGGGAUCUUUUCAGUCAACAGUGGAACCCCCUUAAGUCGACAACGCCCGUUUAUGCCUACAACUUUUUUGUUCCGUUUAUAUUGACAAUCCGCCUGCGCCGACAACCCAUUUAUGUUGUCAACCAAUUUAUCCCAUUCAGAUUGGCAUCCUGUUUAUAUUGAGAAGCUGUUUAUGUUGACAGCCCAUUUAUGCCAUAGCCCCGUCUCAGAGGUCGACAACCAAUUUAUGUUCAUAUUGGCAACCUGUUUAUAUUGAGAACCUGUUUAUGUUGACAGCCCAUUUAUGGUAUAGACCCGUCUCAAAUGAAAAUCACCCGUUUAUGUUGACCACCAUUUCAUGUCAAGCCAUUUAUGUUUGCAACCAAUUUAUCCCGUUCAUAUUGGCAUCCGGUUUAUAUUGAAAACCUGUUUAUGUUGACAACCCGUUUAUGUUGACAGCCCAUUUAUGCCAUAGCCCCGUCUCAGAGGUCGACAACCCAUUUAUGUUCAUAUUGGCAACCUGUUUAUAUUGAGAACCUGUUUAUGUUGACAGCCCAUUUACGGUAUAGACCCGUCUCAAAUGAAAAUCACCCGUUUAUGUUGACCACCAUUUCAUGUCAACAAUCCAGUUAUGUUGACAGCCUCUUUAUGCCAUAGCCCUGUCUCAGAGGUCAACAACCCAUUUGUUUGCAACCCAUUUAUCCGGUUCAUAUUGGCCUCCUGUUUAUAUUGAGAAACUGUUUAUGUUGACAACCCGUUUAUGUUGACAGCCCAUUUAUGCCAUAGCCCCGUCUCAGAGGUCGACAACCCAUUUAUGUUUGCAACCCAUUUAUCCCGUUCAUAUUGGCAACCUGUUUACGUUGACAGUCCAUUUAUGUUACAAACCCGUUUCAAAUGACAACCACCCGUUUAUGUUGACCACCAUUUUAUGUCAACAAUCCAUUUAUGUUGACAGCCUCUUUAUGUCAUGAGCCCGUCUCAGAGGUCGACAACCCAUUUAUCCCGUUCAUAUUGGCAUCCUGUUUAUAUUGAGAACCUGUUUAUGUUGACUGCCCAUUUAUGCCAUAGCCCCGUCUCAGAGGUCGACAACCCAUUUAUGUUCAUUUUGGCAACCUGUUUAUGUUGACAGCCCAUUUAUGAUAUAGACCCGUCUCAAAUGAAAAUCACCCGUUUAUGUUGACCACCAUUUCAUGUCAACUAUCCAGUUAUGUUGGCAGCCCCUUAAUGUCAGCCCAUUUAUGUUUGCAACCAAUUUAUCCCGUUCAUAUUGGCAUCCGGUUUAUAUUGAGAACCUGUUUAUGUUGACAGCCCAUUUAUGCCAUAGCCCUGUCUCAGAGGUCAACAACCCAUUUGUUUGCAACCAAUUUAUCCCGUUCAUAUUGGCAUCCGGUUUAUAUUGAGAACCUGUUUAUGUUGACAGCCCAUUUAUGCCAUUGCCCCGUCUCAGAGGUCAACAACCCAUUUGUUUGCAACCCAUUUAUCCGGUUCAUAUUGGCAUCCUGUUUAUAUUGAGAAACUGUUUAUGUUGACAACCAGUUUAUGUUGACAGCCCAUUUAUGCCAUAGCCCCGUCUCAGAGGUCGACAACCCAUUUAUGUUUGCAACCCAUUUAUCCCGUUCAAAUUGGCAACCUGUUUACGUUGACAGCCCAUUUAUGUUACAGACCCGUCUCAAAUGACAACAACCGUUUAUGUUGACCACCAUUUUAUGUCAACAAUCCAUUUAUGUUGAUAGCCCCUUUAUGUCAUAAGCCCGUCUCAGAGGUCGACAACCCAUUUAUCCCGUUCAUAUUGGCAUCCUGUUUAUAUUGAGAACCUGUUUAUGUUGACUGCCCAUUUAUGUCAUAGCCCCGUCUCAGAGGUCGACAACCCAUUUAUGUUGUCAACCCAUUCAUCCCGUUCGUAUUGGCAACCUGUUUAUGUUGAGGCAUGUUCAUGUUGACAACCUGUGUAUGUUGACAGCCCAUUUAUGUUAUGGACCCGUCUCAAAUGACAACCAUCCGUUUAUGUUGACCACCAUUGUAUGUCAACAAUCCAGUUAUGUUGACAGCCCUUUAUGUCAUAAGCCCGUCUCGGAGGUCGCCAACCCAUUUAUCCCGUUCAUAUUGGCAUCCUGUUUAUGUUGAGAACCCGUUUAUGUUGACAGCCCAUUUAUGUCAUAGCCCCGUCUCAGAGGUCAACAACCCGUUUAUGUUGUCACCCCUUUCAUCCAGUUUAAAAUUGGCAACCUGUUUAUAUUGAGAACAUGUUCAUGUUGACAACCCGUGUAUUUUGACAGCCCAUUUAUGUCAUAGACCCGUCUCAAAUGAAAACCACCCGUUUAUGUUGACCACCAUUUUAUGUCAACAAUCCAGUUAUGUUGACAGCCCUUUUAUGUCAUAAGCCCGUCUCAGAGGUCGACAACCCAUUUAUCCCGUUCAUAUUGACAUCCUGUUUGUAUUGAGAACCUGUUUAUGUUGACAAACCGUUUAUGUUGACAGCUCAUUUAUGCCAUAGCCCCGUCUCAGAGGUCGACAACCCAUUUAUGUUUGCAACCCAUUUAUCCCGUUCAUAUUGGCAAACUGUUUAUAUUGAGAAAAUGUUAAUGUUGACAACCCGUUUAUGUUGACAGCCCAUUUAUGCCAUAGCCCCAUCUCAGACGUCGACAACCCAUUCAUCCCGUUCAUAUUGGCAUCAUGUUUGUAUUGAGAAACUUUAUGUUGACAGCCCAUUUAUGCCAUAGCCCCAUCUCAGAGGUCAACCCAUUUAUGUUGUCAACCAAUUUAUCCCCUUCAUAUUGGCAUCCUGUUUAUAUUGAGAAACUGUUUAUGUUCAGAACCCGUUUAUGUUGACAGCCCAUUUAUGCCAUAGCCCCGUCUCAGAGGUCGACAACCCAUUUAUGUUUGCAACCCAUUUAUCCCGUUCAUAUUGACAACCUGUUUAUAUUGAGAACAUGUUCAUGUUGACAGCCCCUGUAUUUUGACAGCCCAUUUAUGUUAUAGACCCGUCUCAAAUGACAACCACCCGUUUAUGUUGACCACCAUGUUAUGUCAACAAUCCAGUUAUGUUGACAGCCCCUUUAUGUCAUGAGCCCGUCUCAGAGGUCGACAACCCAUUUAUCCCGUUCAUAUUGGCAUCCUGUUUGUAUUGAGAACCUGUUUAUGUUGACAACCCGUUUAUGUUGACAGCCCAUUUAUGUCAUAGCCCUGUCUCAGAUGUCGACAACCCGUUUAUGUUGUCAACCCAUUCAUCCUGUUCAUAUUGGCAACCUGUUUAUAGUGAGAACAUGUUCGUGUUGACAGCCCAUUUAUGUCAUAGACCCGUCUAAAAUGUCAACAGCCCGUUUAUGUUGACCACUAUUUUAUGUCUAGAACCCAUCUAUGAUGACAACCUGCUUAUGUCAUCAACACAUAUCUUGUUUAUAUUGUCAACACAUUUAUGUCAACAACGCCCCGUCUAAAGUGCUGUCCACUUCAUUUUGGCAACCUGUUUAUGUUGACAAUAGGUCUAUGUUGACAGCGGGUUUAUGUCAUAGACCCGUCUCAAAUGUUAAAAACUAAUUUAAGUCAUUUAACAACCCAUCUAUGACAACAACCUGCUAAUGUUGUCAACACAUCUAUCCUGUUUAUAUUUGCAACCCAUUUAUGUCAACAACACCCAGUCUAAAGUGAUGACCAUGUCUAUGUUGACAGCCUUUUUGUCAUAGACCCGUCGCAAAUGUCAACAACUCAUUUAUGUUGACCACCAUUUUAUGUCAACCCAUCUAUGACAACAACCUGUUUAUGUCGUCACCACAUCUAUCUGUCUAUAUUGAUAACCCGUUUAUGUUGACAGCCCAUUUACGUCAUAGACCUGUCUCAAAUGUCAACAAUCCAUUUAUGUUGACCACCAAUUUAUGUCAACAAUCCAUCUAUAACGACAACCUGUUUGUCGUUAAAACAUCCUUUUUGUUUAUAUCGACAAGCUGUUUAUGUCAACAACACCUUGUCUACGGUGACAACCAGUUCAUAUUGGCAACCUGUUUAUGUUGACAACCCAUCAAUGUUGACAAGCUGUUUAUUUUGACACAUCCUUUAUAUUGACAACCCAUUUAUUUCGACCACCCGUUGAUGUCAGUGACUACCCGUUUCUGUUGACAGCCCAUUUAUGUCAUAGACCGUCUCAAAUGUCAACAGCCCAUUUAUUCCAUUCAUAUUGGCAACCUGUUUAUAUUGAGAACCUGUUCUUGUUGACAGCCCAUUUAUGUCAUAGACCGUCUCAAAUGUCAACAACCCAUUUAUUCCAUUCAUAUUGGCAACCUGUUUAUAUUGAGAACCUGUUCUUGUUGACAGCCCAUUUAUGUCAUAGACUGUCUCAAAUGUCAACAACCCUUUUAUGUUGACCACCGUUUUAUGUCAACACUCAUGUAUGACAAUAACCUGUUUGUGUUGUCACAAAAACUUGUCCUGUUUAUAUCAGCAACCCAUUUAUGUCAACAACACCCGAUCGACAGUGACAACCUGUUCAUAUUGGCAACUUGUUUAUGUUGAAAACCCAUCGAUGUUGAAGAGCCGUUUAUUUUGACGGAUCUUUUAUAUUGACAACCCAUUUAUGUUGACCACCCGUUUAUGUCUUGGACAACCUGUUUAUGUUGACACCCUUUUCAAAUUGACAACUUGUCUAUGUGGGCCAACUCCUCAAAUCCUUGUGUUAAGAUUACGAGAAAGCGCCAGCUCAAGUCGACAUCGACCGCUUUUGUUGAAUUUGAGAACCAAAGCAAAAAUUUCUAUGAAAAGUUCUUUUUUUAUCCUCCAUUCUGUCCAUGAUGUCUCCUGACAAAGUCACAAGUAAAAUGCAUAGUUUGAGUUAUGAAACCCGAACGCUUAUGUCGAUGCAAAUCAGUCAGUUUAAGGGAGGUCGACUUAAACAGGUUCCACUGUAUUGGCUUUAAAAAAAAAAAAGAUCCACUGUGAGCUUAGUGAAGAUUCUCAAGAAGAGAAAACAUUUAUGAAAAAAAAAGUCUAUUUUUCUAUUAAAUGCCAUUUUGUAAAGAAAAACAAAGAUUAUAUUGUUUCAUGUUUACAAGCUUCAACGUGUCUUAAAGUGACAACAACAACGUUUCAAAUGAAAAUGUUUGCUACUGAUUGUGUUUCAUGGAAAUGUAUCCGCUUACUUGAAUACUUCAGAGGAGAAAGGAAGAGGAAAAAAAGAAUAAAAAAGAAAAACUUUGCAAAGCACGACGUGUGUGUGUGUGUGUGUGUGUGUGUGUGUGUGUGAAGUGGUUGUUUGCACUCAGAGGUCGGAAAAAAGUAUUCAUACCUUUUUGAACUUUUAACACAUUUUGUAACGACCACAAAGGAAAACAUUUUACUGGCAUUGUAACGGUGUUCCUUUUUAAGAAUAAAAUGGUGUAAAAACAAAAAA